UGCUGCGACGACACGACGCGCCUGCAUGGUGCGACACCUAUCGGUGCUGCUCGUCUAAUGCCGAUGCAUUGAGCUUGCGCCGCUUGCCAUAUAUAUCUACAUCCAGUAAUGAUGGCCUCCGACGGGUCUGCCGCAGUCGGUGCUGCCGACAUUGCCAGCGCAGAGGCCGCCUCUCCGUGUCCGCCUGGAGAGCGAGAGGACCGGUCGCCACCCCCUGGUCCCGCUCUGCAUCUCCAUAUCCAGGGGCCGUCUCCCUCCUCCUCUUCCAACCCUCUCGCAUCUUCCACUCCUGGGCUGCCUCAUGAGAGUCCAACCCACCAGAGGCAGGCGCCCUUCCCUCUCUCGCUCCCGUCCAUCCUCUUCCAGCUCAGCAAGGCACCGUCAGCCGCGAUUGUCCCGUCCACUGCCGAGGGCAGGCCGGUCCCGCUGGCCGAUGCCGCCGACUCCCGUCGCACAUCUGCCUUGCAGAAGCUGAACAGCAAGUACCCGUCGGUAGUCCGCCGCCACGGCUACGCCCCCGAGGCCUCUGGCGCCCAGAGCAGCACCUACUCCCAGCCCGUCAUUGUACGCACUUACAGCGGGCCCUCGCCCUCCCAAGGUUCUCGCGGGUCGCGCUCGCGAAACUACAGACCGCCGAGCAGCAGCCGAGGCGUUUCCAGGCGCGUGCCGCUGCCCUCAUCUUCGGCACCAGGCGGUCGCGCCGUCGGCCCCGGCCAACCCAUCCAGCCUACAGUGACCGACGUAGGGGUGGGUACUACCAGCAGUAUCAGCGCCGAGCCCCGCGAGGGGGAUGACUACGGAGUCAGCAUGCCUCCCCCCUACAAGCCCGAGAAAGCCCCCGGCAGCAGCAGCAGCAAGCUGUCUCUGCCAUGGCCAUGGAAGACGUCGAGCCAGGCGCCGGAAGAGCCUAAGCUGCCACCACUGGAGGCCUUUUCGUUCAAGAGCUUCAUGGCUGAUCUGCAGACUCCCGGAGGCGAGAACGAUAUUGGAGCAGACCUGGACCGCAUUGCCGAGAUAUGUGCCCGCUCACGGUAUUCCCUGAGCAACCAGUACGAGGUUCACGUCGCACCCCAUGGCUCGGGUGCUUUGUUCGCAUCAGGUAUCGGACCCUCGCCCUCCUCAGCGCCGCGGAGGAAGGGCCACAGCCACAGUCGGAGCCGCAGCUACGGACAGAGUUCUGGCGGCCCGACGCUGCAAGCCAUUACCUCUGACGAUGAGAACUCGGCCCAGUCCCACCCCAGGAGAAGGAACGGCAACCGGCGGAGGAGUGCCGCGUACGGCACCCUCGAGACCAUCAUGUCCUCGAGCCGAUCCUCGGAGGAGGACAAGACGAAAAAGAAGUCAGCUGCCGAGCUAGUCGGGGAGGUUCGGGGAAGGGCAGCCAAGAAAGCAUGGGCUACAAACAACCCAAGCGAGUCAGGGUCAGGUUCCGGGUCAGGAACAGCGUCGGCAUCGGCGUCUGCGUCAGCAUCGACCGGAAACGGCGGCAACGUAGACGCCCAAGCGGGGCAACCGCCCACCGCGGACGGCAGCAGGUUGGCUGGAAAGAAGCCGGCCUCAUUCGCCACCGCCAUCAUGGACAAUGGCUGCUCUUCCGCGAACACCAACACUUCCUCUUCCUCACGCUUGAAGCCCGCCGCUGCCACCGCUACGAGCAGCUCCACGUCUCCAGCAGCCACCUCAGCCCUGCACAGCGAACCGGCCCAGCCCCAAACCUCGCCCAGCCACCUCGGCGUACGAACGGCCCCAAGCGCCCCGACCCAGCCUCACGCCCCCGACGGCGAAGAUGGUCACCCUCCCAGGGGCCCUGUCGCAGGCAGCGCCGGCCUACCCCAGCAGCGCGCGUCUCCCGCCCCUGCGGGAAUUGCCGACGCCCUCGGCUCGUGGGCCGCUUGGAUACCCUGGCGCACGCCCGCCCAGGUCCCCGGUGAUCACCGUCACCAUCAUAACCACCACCAGCAGCAGUACCAACAAGAAGAACAACAAGGGCAGUCCUCGCGACAGACACAGGCUGGAGGCUCGACGGCGCCGGCGCCGGCAGUGAGCAACGCAGAGGGCAGCUUGAGACAGCUGCUUCGGAGUGCUGCUGCUGCGGGGGAUGCGCCGGGGAAGAGGAGCCGCGCGGGAGGGGCGGGUGGUUAGCUCGGCGGGUUGUUCAUCGCGGCUGAGGGGCCUUUUCGAAUGGGGCUUUGCUGAGUUUGUGAUUUGAUGCCGGAUGGGAUGAACGCCGGAGCUGGUGGAUGGACCAGAAAUUGGAGAGGGUAGGCGGGAUCAGACUGUGCUGGACUCGUCUGGGAUCCUGAAGGGCUGGGGACGCAGGGUUUUAGG